UCCAUGAAGAACAAUACAGAAGUAAGUGAAUUCAUUCUACUAGGACUAACCAAUGUUCGAGUAUUACAGGUUCCUCUCUUUAUAGUGUUCACAUUUAUCUACUUCAUCACGGUGACUGGGAACCUAGGAAUGAUCAUGCUGAUUCUGUUGGACUCUCGUCUCCACACUCCCAUGUACUUUUUCCUUAGUAACUUAUCUUUGGUAGACUUUUGUUCCUCCUCAACAGUCACUCCCAAGGUUAUAGCUGGGUUUGUUAUAGGAAACGAUGUAAUUUCCUACAAUGCAUGUGCUACUCAGAUGUUCUUUUUUGUGUUGUUUGCCACUGUGGACAGUUACCUCUUGGCUUCAAUGGCAUAUGAUCGAUACACAGCAGUGUGUAAACCUUUACACUACUCUACCAUAAUGACAAAAAGUACGUGCACUCAUCUGGCCAUAGGCUCCUAUGUCUUUGGAUUUUUUAAUGCUUCUGUGCAAACUGGAGACAUAUUCUCCCUCUCUUUCUGUAUGUCCAAUGUGGUCCAUCACUUCUUCUGUGAUAUUCCAGCAGUCAGGAUUCUGGCAUCCUCUGAUAAACACACAAAUGAACUCAUUCUUAUUCUUAUGUCAAGCUUUCACAUUGUUUUUGCACUUCUCAUUAUCUUAAUUUCCUACCUGUUCAUAUUUAUCACUCUUUUGAAGAUGCACUCAGGUGAGGGAUACCAGAAGGCUUUAUCUACCUGUGCUUCUCACCUCAUUGCAGUUUCCAUGUUCUAUGGGACUGUCAUCAUCAUGUACUUAAAGCUAAGUUCCAGUCACUCCAUGGACACAGACAAAUUCAUGUCUGUGUUCUACACUGUGGCUAUCCCCAUGCUGAACCCUGUGGUCUAUGGCCUGAGGAACAAGGAGGUUAAGAGUGCAUUUAAGAAAGUUGUUCAAAAGGCAAAACUGUCUGUGAGUUUAGUACUUUAA